UGUCGUUUACGACGAAGUGCGCGAGCGUGGUUGAAAUGGUAGCAAGAUGGCGGCGUUGAAGGAGGAGCAGUGUUACGGACUGUCCUGUGGAAGAGUGAGCAAUGGCAGCAAUAUCUCCGUCUUUCACGUCAAACUCACUGACAGUGCUUUGAGAGCGUUUGAAGAUUACCAGAGCAGCAAGGGCCUGUCUGCUCAGCCACUCAUACGAUUCACUGGAAACCAAGGGAAAAUCUCGAUACCACGCUCAGAGAAUCCAAAUGAGCUGCGAACGUUUGCGUUCUAUUUGUCCAACGUGGGGAGAGACAACCCCCAGGGCAGCUUUGCCUGCAUACAGCAGUACGUCACGAGUGAAGGGAGCAUACAGCUGGACUGUCUGGGAGGGAUCCAGGACAAGAUCACGGUGUGCGCCACGGACGACUCGUACCAGAAGGCCCGGCAGAGCAUGGCCCAGGCCGAGGAGGAGACCCGUAGCCGAUCUGCCAUCGUCAUCAAGCCCGGCGGACGAUACGUGGGCAAGCGCGUGCAGAUCCGGAAGCCUCCGCCAGCCCUGUCGGACGUGGCCCCGUCGAGGCGUACCUCGCGGCCCGUCAUCAUCUCCAGCAGCCUGAAGAAGAGCGCGGCGCCAGGCCGGCCGCUCCGCGAGCGCCUGCUCCACCUGCUGGCUCUCAAGCCCUACCGCAAGCCCGAGCUGCUGGUGCGCCUCGCCAAGGACGGCCUCUCGGCCCACAACAAGGACGCGCUGGACGGCCUCCUGCAACAGGUGGCUAACCUGAAUAACAAAGACAACACCUACACACUGAAGGACUGUUUGUUUAAGGAAGUUCAGAAGGACUGGCCUGGCUACACUGAGGUGGACCAGCAGAUCCUGAAUCGCAUUCUUGUACGGAAACUGUGCAAGGCUCAGAGCAGCGCCCCGGCCCCCGGGGACGGCACGGGCAGCCCGCACAAGGAGCAGGCCAGCGGCUCUCCGUCGCAGAAAAGGUUUGCCGUAGACUUCAUUGACCCCCUGGCCAACAAGAAGCCCCGAAUAUCGCAUCUUGUCAACAAGGUCACGGGCCCCAUCAAUGGAAAGCUGAGUUCCUCUAAUGGCAAGGACUCAUCUGGCUCCCAGGCAGCACCGGCAGCGGUGGAGAGCUCGUCCAUGGUGCCGCUGCCGCUCCCCGACCUCCCCGGGCCUUUUGACCCGCUGUCGGACGUCAGCAACGACUCCAGCCACAACGGGCGGGACUGCGAGGGCCAGGAGGCGGCGGCGGCGGCCGAGCGGCUGAGCCACCCGCCGGCGUUUGCCGCGAGCUCCGCCCAGCCGCCGUCCGGUCCGGGCUGCGCAUCCCCGACCCGCAGCGGCCCUGCCGGUGCCCACGGCCGGAGCGGCUCGCCCUCCCUGCACGGCAAGUCCAAGAAGAAGUCCAAAAGACACAAGGACAAAGACAAAUCCAAGGAGAGGGACAGAGACAGAGAACGGGGACUCAAGCGAGACAGGCACGGCGGGGAGGGCGGUGGCUCAGAGCCUAGAAAGCAGUGUGAGGUCACGACGUGUCCGGACCUGAGCCAGAGCAGUAUUCCACACAAGAGCACAGAUCUGAAUGGAAUGUGCGACGCCUCCAUUAGCCCUGCGUCCUCAUCCGAGACGGCGGACUAUUUAUUGAAGUACACCGCGAUUUGCUCCCAAGAGCAGCGUCAGAGCUACAAGAACGACUUCAACGCGGAGUACAGCGAGUACCGGGGCCUGCACGCACGGAUAGAGGGCAUCACGCGCCAGUUCACCGUGCUGGACACCGAGCUCAAGCAACUCCAGCAGGGCACAGAUAAGUACAAGACAAUCCACAAUCAGAUACUUCAAGAGUAUCGCAAAAUAAAAAAGACUAACCCUGACUAUAGCCAAGAGAGGAACCGCUGUGAAUAUCUCCACAACAAACUGGCACAUAUAAAGAAACUUAUAGCAGAAUAUGACCAGAAGCAACUUCAAAACUGGCACUAACCAUGUUUGUGUUUGUUUUUAUUUUUUCCCCUUUCUCCUCUGGAAACAAGGCAACGAGAGAGAAACUGGAUUUGUAGGAUAUAUAUUUUUUUUUUUUCCUCUUUUUUUGGCUUGCUCUAAAAUAAAGUUGCUCUAAUGUAAAAUGCCACGUAAAGAAGUAUUUCCCCUCAUGAAGAGGGGCCAAGCUCUGUAAUGAGGGCAAUACAGACUGACUGAUUUAUUUUUUUGUUGUUGUUGUUUUGGGGGGUUUUUGUGGGGAGGGGCAGUUCUUUUGACAUAUGUGGCCAUGCCUGCCUGUGUAGCUACACUGCGUAUGGGAAAGCCUUGUGGGGCCUCACUUCUCAUCUGCCCUUUCUCAAAAGCACACGGGCCUCCCCUCGUGAGCAGGAGCGGAGCCUCAGCCUUGGGGAGCUCUCUACCAACACUUUCCUCCCUCGCUAGACGGGGCAACGGUGACGCACAGUUAGCUAAACACGGCUCCUUUUCCUUUGUCUAGUACAAAAAAAAAAAAAAAAAUUUAAGAUGGUAUUACCAGUUUCCCUAUCAGUGAAAUGGAAGGUACAUGUAUUUUGUGUGUUCAUUUUUUAUUUAUUUUCUUUUCCUGGGGUUAUACCAGAUAUGUUAUUGUACACUCCUCACGAUUAUUUUUAAUUUUUCCCCUUAUCAAUUUAUCAAAAAAUCCCAGUAUUUUAUGCAAAGACUGCCCUUAUUUCAGGUGCAUAGUUUGCAUAGAUUAUUCUUUCAUAUGCAGUGAUGUCCCCUGUAUGUAUUAAACCAAGACAGCGUAGCCAUUUCUUACAUUGUGUGCAAUGUUAUACAGGUAUCUUAUGUGCAAUGGAUGUAGAUUACAUGCCUACAGGAGGGAGUGUGGUAUCUGCAAAAGCUUCGCCAGCUUCCGCACUGGCAAACCAGGCUUUGAAGCACACGCUUGGCUAAACCCUCGGCGCCAGGGCUGGGUGCUCCCAGCUUUCACGGCCUUUUUACUGACGUUCCUUCUAGCCAGCCGAUCAGACCAAAUGAAGAGGCCAGGCGCUGUCAUAGAGCUGUAGUCACAGGUUGACGCUGUGAAAGUGUGGGGGGGGGACUCCAGCGAGACCGUUGUUCUCUGGGUCCGCGGCCUGCCGUCCUUUGCCUAGAGACCUCGAACUGCUGAACAGGUGCAGCAUAAUGCCAGCAGUCUCGCUGGGCUCUUGCUUUUUGCAUUAAGACCCUAUUCCUCCCUCAGACGAGAUCGUAUCCCUUUACCUCGGGCGUGCACGCAUGGGGAGACCCGGAGAGUGCUGUUCUGAUGAUACUGCGUUGUCGCUCAGUCCUACUGUCGUGUGUUUACCAGCCCCUUUUAAGUCCCUGUAGAGCUUAUUCUGUAUUUUGGGGUAAAUGUGUAAUUGAGAAUUUUUCUGCCAUAGUUCACAAACAUGCAGUAAUCAUGCAGCAGAUAUUCUGGCAUUCUCGCCAGUGUUUCGUGACGACUGUUAAAACUACACCGAAGGACCGAUCUCUAAGGUGCUCACUGUAAGCACUUGCCUUCCGAUUGUAUCCAUGUAUAGGUUAUACGCAAAGCUUCGGAUGACAUUUUCUCCCUAAAAGCCUCAGACAGAAAUUUUUUUUUAAUUUUUUUUUUUUUUAAAUCAACAGUGCGAGAAAGCUCUCGGCAGAAAGUUCCAUCUGUUAACCUGCCAUAGCGUCUGUUGUGUUUCUAAUAUUGAGCUUUUUAUGUUUCAACAUUAAAAUUCUGCACUUUGCA